AUGGAUUUGAUGAAAUCAUCCACUUCUUCAUCAACUAAUAAGAGCACAAAACCAAGAAAGAACAAUGUUGCUAGUACUCAAAGUGUCAAACAAAAAGCAGAGGAACAACAGAGCAAUUUUCGAUAUUUGGGAGUGAGACGAAGGCCAUGGGGACGAUACGCUGCGGAGAUAAGAGAUCCAAAUACAAAAGAAAGGCAUUGGCUUGGAACAUUUGACACUGCUGAAGAAGCUGCUUUGGCUUAUGAUAGAGCUGCACGUUCCAUGCGUGUUAACAACAAAUCUAACAAACCAAUUCGGACUAACUUUGUCUACUCUGACAUGCCACAUGGCAAUUCGGUUACUUGUAUAGUUUCUCCGGACGACGAAUCACAUCAUCAUCAUCACCAUUACCACCACCAACAACAACAAUUAUUGGUCUUUGGUCAGACCGACAAUGCUCCUGUUCCUAACGUCGAAUACGGGGCCCACUUCAAUCAUUUUUCCAUCAGCGACAUGAAUAAUGUCGGAGGCAACUGUGGUGGUGAUGGUGAUGGUGGAGAUUUUGCGUUACAACAAUACUAUAACCCCAACUACGACACGCAUAUGGAAGGUGGUUACAGGUACGAUAGUAACAAUACUACAUCAACAGAAUUGCCACCAUUGCCAGAGGAUAUAACAAGCAGUGGCAACUUCUGCUACUUGAGUGAUCAAAGUAGUCGAUUUCCAACAACAACAAUUUCAGAAAUGGGAUUUAACAGUAGCAAUGGCCUUUUGAAUGAUAUGAUAAUUGAUACAAAUAAUGAAUAUCAAUAUGGAGGAAGUACAAUCACUACAACAAGCAGUACAACAACAACAGCAACAGCUGGGAGUUUUAACUAUUUUGGUUUUGAUGAUUGUUUACAGCCACUGCAAGAUGAAUCCAACAAUAACAGUUUUAGUCAUUGGUUCUCAUAA